AUGGGAUUGGUGAAAUUACCAAGUAUCAAAGAUUACUGGAGAAACCGCAAACUCUAUAGUAUACCCCUAGCUCGUACUGUUAUGCCUCGGAAUAGAUUCGAGCUGAUUCUGAAAUUUGUUCAUUUCGCCGAUAACCAAACUGCUGAUACUGAUGACAGACUGUAUAAAAUAAAAGAUGUACUCAACAUGUUUAUAAAAAACUAUCAAAAUGUCUACACACCAGGAGAAAAAGAUGUGUCGAUGGGUCAUUAG